GAGUUUGCCGCGCAUGCGCCUUGCCCCCUCGGAGUACAACUGCGCCCGAGUCAUAACAAUCUCCAGAAAUCCCAAGCUGGGCCAAAUGAAAUAGAGCAGCGGGCACGGACAGUGGCACGAUACUGGGCGGCGUGGCACCGAGUCCACGAUUCGGAUGGCGUUCUGAGGCGGUGCCAUGCGUGCAUGUUAUCAGGCGUGCGGAGGCUAGGAAGCAAAGUCUCUCGUCCUUUUGUGGCGAUCACUUUGUGAAGAUGGGCGAUUGUGCACAGGGAGUACUUUAAUGCACAGAGCCUAGACGACUUACCGAAGGCAAGUCGGCGCUCCCCGGCGUUCUCAAGGUGAACUCAGGCGAGCCUAACCGGGGAUCGCUAAAGCCGCAGAUCGGUAGGCGGCCCAUUUUAAGACAUGUCGUCUUGCUGAUUUUUUUUUCCCUUGUCCCCCUGAGCCCGAGUAGGGGUUGUCGCCUGAGCGCAGUGGCCGAGCAGCGGUAACAACAGCAUUAGCAGCAGCAGCCGCAGGAGGCUUUGCUCGCUGUCAGCCGGAGUUGGCGCCCACGCCUCAUCGGCCGUCUCUGUUCAUGUAAGCCGUGACAAGUGUCUCGUGCAGGGGCGCACACGGGCCGAUCGCAGCGUAGGUGUGUGCGCGCGUGAGUGCGUGCGCCCGAAGAGGCAGGAGCCAUGCAGACGCAACAGCUUCAAUACGACUUCUUCAGCGAAGAGAACGCACCCAAAUGGCGGGGACUUCUGGCACCAUCCCUCAAUAAGGUUUUAAAUCAAGUUCAUCCGAAUCUCUCAUCCAUGGAAGAUGCUCUCCAGUACAUCGAGGAGCUGAUCUUGUUGUUACUCAGUAUGCUGUGUCAGGCCCAGCCUCGUUCAGUACAAGAUGUAGAGGAGCGAGUUCAAAAAAGCUUUCCCCAUCCAAUUGACAAGUGGGCCAUCGCUGAUGCUCAGGCUGCUAUAGAGAAGAGAAAAAGGAGAAACCCUUUAGCGUUGCCUGUUGACAAAAUUCACCCUCUUUUAAAGGAGGUUCUGGGAUACAAAAUCGACCAUCAGGUGUCAAUUUACAUCGUAGCAGUGCUGGAAUAUAUUUCAGCAGAUAUUUUGAAACUGGCAGGGAACUAUGUACGGAAUAUACGACACUAUGAAAUUUCUCAGCAGGAUAUCAAGGUGGCCAUGUGUGCAGACAAGGUGCUGAUGGACAUGUUUCACCAAGAUGAGGAGGACAUCAGUGGAUGGUUACUUCAAGAUGAGGAGCCCUCAAACUCAGGAGAGCAAAUGUACUACGAGUUAGUGAAAGCAUUCAUGGCUGAUGUCCGCCAGUACUUGAGGGACCUCAACCUUAUCAUUAAGGUCUUCAGGGAACCGUUUGUCACCAGCAGUCAGCUUUUCUCACCUCAUGAUGUGGACAGCAUAUUCAGUCGCAUCAUAGAUAUCCACGAGCUGACUGUUAAACUUUUGGGCCUUAUUGAAGAUACUGUGGAAAUGACAGAUGAAGGGAGUCCGCAUCCUUUGGUAGGAAGUUGCUUUGAGGAUUUGGCAGAGGAGUUGGCCUUUGACCCUUAUGAAACGUAUGCACAAGACAUCCUCCGACCGGGUUUUCAAGAACAUUUUCUCAGCCAGCUGUCAAAGCCUGGAGCUGCUUUCUAUUUACAGUCUAUUUGUGAAGGUUUCAAGGAGGCAGUCCAGUAUGUUCUCCCCAGACUCCUUUUAACUCCAGUUUACCACUGUCUGCACUACUUUGAAAUUCUAAAGCAACUCGAGGAAAAAAGUGAAGUAGAAGAGGACAAGGAAUGCCUAAAGCAAGCCAUAACAGCCCUUCUGAACCUUCAGAGUAGCAUGGAAAGGAUAUGCUCCAAAAAUUUUGCCAAGCGCCGCCUGAGUGAAUCAGCUUGUCGAUUCUACAGCCAACAGAUGAAGGGCAAACACUUGGCCAUCAAAAAAAUGAAUGAAAUUCAGAAAAAUAUCGACGGCUGGGAGGGCAAAGACAUUGGACAGUGCUGUAACGAGUUCAUCAUGGAAGGCCCUCUGACACGGGUAGGAGCCAAACAUGAGCGGCACAUCUUCCUUUUUGACGGCCUCAUGAUCUGCUGCAAGUCCAACCAUGGCCAGCCUCGGCUCCCAGGGGGCAGCACCGCUGAGUACCGUCUGAAGGAGAAGUUCUUAAUGCGCAAGGUGCAGAUCAACGACAAGGAUGACACACAGGAAUACCGACAUGCUUUUGAAAUCAUUCUUAAGGAUGGCAAUAGCGUGGUGUUUGCUGCUAAGUCUGCUGAGGAGAAAAACAACUGGAUGGCAGCACUCAUCUCCUUGCAGUAUCGCAGCACCUUGGAGCGCAUGUUGGACCUUACCUUGCUGCAGGAGGAGAAGGAGCAGCAGAUGAGGUUUCCCAGUGCGGAGCAGUACCGAUUUGCUGAGCCCGACUCGGAAGAAAAUGUCAUCUUUGAAGAGAAUGUGCAGUCCAAGUCGGGCAUUCCCAUCAUUAAGGCUGGCACUGUGGUCAAGCUUAUUGAGAGGCUCACUUACCACAUGUAUGCAGAUCCAAAUUUUGUUAGGACCUUUCUGACGACGUAUCGCUCAUUUUGCAGGCCACAGGAACUGCUCACCUUGCUAAUGGAACGGUUUCACAUCCCUGAAUCUAAACCGGCAGAAACAGACGGCACAGAGAAUGGCGACCAGCCCCUGAGUGCCGAGCUCAAACGGUUUCGAAAGGAGUAUGUGCAGCCAGUCCAACUUAGAGUUUUGAAUGUUUGCCGGCACUGGGUGGAGCACCACUUUUAUGAUUUUGAGAGAGAUCCUGACCUGUUACAGCGAUUAGAAGAGUUCAUUGGGACAGUCAGAGGAAAGGCCAUGAGAAAGUGGGUUGAAUCCAUUUCAAAAAUCAUUCAAAGGAAAAAGCAGGCGCAGGCUAAUGGAUCGAGUCACAAUAUCACGUUUGAGAGCUCCCCUCCUCCAAUUGAGUGGCACAUAAGCAAGCCCGGCCAAGUGGAGACCUUCGACCUGCUCACAUUGCACCCCAUUGAGAUUGCACGGCAACUCACACUUCUUGAAUCAGACCUUUACAGGGCUGUGCAGCCAUCUGAGCUGGUGGGCAGUGUGUGGACGAAAGAAGACAAAGAAAUCAACUCUCCCAACCUCCUCAAGAUGAUCAGGCACACGACCAACCUUACCCUGUGGUUUGAGAAGUGUAUAGUGGAAACGGAGAACUUGGAAGAGAGAUCAGCUGUAGUGAGCCGAAUAAUCGAGAUCUUGCAGGUUUUCCAGGAGCUGAACAACUUUAAUGGCGUUCUUGAGGUGGUGAGCGCAAUGAACUCUUCUCCAGUGUACCGGCUGGACCACACCUUUGAGCAAAUCCCUAGUCGGCAGAGAAGAAUAUUAGAGGAGGCUCACGAGCUGAGUGAAGACCACUAUAAGAAGUAUCUCGCUAAACUCAGGUCCAUUAACCCACCAUGUGUGCCUUUCUUUGGUAUCUACUUAACAAACAUCCUGAAGACAGAAGAAGGAAACCCGGACUUUCUCAAACGGCAUGGCAAAGAGCUGAUCAACUUCAGCAAAAGGAGGAAGGUGGCAGAGAUCACAGGGGAGAUCCAGCAGUAUCAGAACCAGCCGUACUGCCUAAGGGUGGAGAGUGACAUUCGAAGAUACUUCGAGAAUCUGAAUCCAAUGGAGGAAAAAAUGGAGAAGGAAUUCACCGAUUACCUGUUUAACAAAUCGCUGGAAAUUGAGCCUCGAAAUGUCAAGACAUUACCCAGAUUUAUUAAAAAAUACAACUACCCACUCAAGUCUCCUGGCGUACGACCCUCCAACAUUAGACCCGGUACUAUGAGGCAUCCAACGCCACUGCAAAAUGAGCCUCGCAAGAUCAGCUAUAGCCGAAUCCCCGACAGCGAAACGGAAAGCACCGCGUCAGCCCCCAACUCCCCGCGAACGCCUCUGACUCCGCCUCCUGCCUCCGGAGCCUCCAGUUCCACGGAUGUUUCCUGUGUCUUCGACUCCGGUCCACCCAGUCCUUUCCAGUCAAGCAGUGAUGCCAUCUUUACCCCUGUCUCACUGCCACGUGGGCCACGGUCAUCCUCUGUCUCAUCUAUGGUCAUGUCCAACUUGAGCAAAGACGACGCCACAGCGCCUCCCCCUGUCCCUCCACGUAGACGACCAGAGUCGGCCCCAGCAGAGUCAUCCCCUUCCAAGCACUUGGACAGCCCACCAGCCAUUCCGCCACGACAGCCGACAAAGGUGUACUCUCCUCGGUAUCCUCUUCCCGAACGGACAUCUGUGUCGGAUCCUCCGGACAGCCCCCCCACGUUACCCCCGCGGGAGCCCGUCAGGACACCAGAUGUCUUCUCCCCUUUACAUUUGCAGCCUCCGCCCCCAGGAAGGAGAACUGAAUCAAGCCAGACCUUCUUUCCCAAUAGUCCUUUGCCUUUCACCCCACUGCCUCCUCAGACCCCUUCACCGGUGGGUUCACGCAGGCACCUGCCCGCAACGCCUUUAAUUUCACAGGACUUGGACGCCCCCGGCAUCGCUGGACCCCCUGUGCCUCCCAGACAGAGUACGUCCCAAGUGAUCCCUAAGCUGCCCCCUAAAACGUACAAAAGGGACCACGUGCCGCCACCUGCUGCUCGGGAUGGCUCUCUGGAGAGCGUCACCACCCAAAGCAUUGUGAACACUAAAGACUUGGAGGCUUGUGAGAUGCCUUUCAACCAGAAGGUGGUUUUUCUAAAGCAGUGAACCAACGCCAUGGAGUGAAUUGUUCUGAAAGACUGCGGAGGAAGGACAUGCGUUGAAAUUUGGGUAACUACCAUACCAGAAAAACAAGCAGACGAAAGAGAGAGGUGUGCGUGCGCGUGUGUGUGUGUGUGUGUGAGCGCGCGCGUGUGU